GAUCGCUAAAAAUAACAUGUUCGAAAAUUUAGAAGUUUGAAUUGUUACCGGUUCUCUAAUCUUUGAACAAUUUACGCCUACAAAAGCAAAACAAAUCAUGCAUAUGCGUCCGAUCAAUUAUGUUAACACGUCCACUUUGCUCACGAGUGUUAUGAAUACAACAUUGUUCGAUAUUUACUGCGUGCUGUUCGUUCCAGAUAGUAUGCAAUGAAACUCGUAUAUUUUGUUCUGUUCUCGGUGUUGUCCCGGGCAACAAGCCUCAUUAUCAAACGACCAAAUGUACUUCUUAUAAUGUUGGAUGAUUUGCGUCCGGCAAUAAAUGCAUUUGGCGAUCCAAAAGCGAUAACACCAAACAUCGAUAAACUAAUUAAAAAGGGAUACUACUUCACUAACGUGUUUGCUCAACAAUCAAUAUGCGCACCAAGCAGAAAUUCCCUAUUGACUGGGCGAAGACCGGAUACUAUUCGUUUAUACGAUUUUUAUAGCUACUGGAGAGAAUUUGCGAGUAACUUUACAACUAUACCACAGUACUUCAAACAAAAUGGAUACAUCACUCAUUCAAUAGGAAAAAUAUUUCACCCCGGUGUAUCUUCUAAUUAUACUGACGAUUAUCCUCUCAGUUGGAGUAAUGUUCCGUAUCAUCCAUCCACGGAGAAAUACAUGAAUGAGCCGGUGUGUAUCGACAUACCAACAGGCAAGCUGAAAAAGAAUCUUCUCUGUCCAGUUGAUCUCGAGCUGCAGCCGGAGAAUACCUUACCCGAUAUUCAGAGCACUCUCGCAGCGAAAGAUUUUCUACAACAGCGCCAAAAUAAAACUCGAGAGCCCUUCCUUUUGGCUGUCGGGUAUCAUAAACCACACAUUCCUUUCAAAUUUCCAUCCAAAUAUUUGAAAAUGCAUCGAACAAGUAAAUUUCGCAAUCAGGACCCGGAUUAUCCUCCAUAUGGCUUACCAACUGUGGCAUGGAAUUCUUACUUGGAUGUUCGAAGUCGUGAUGAUGUAAUUGCUUUGAACAUAAGCUACCCAUUUGGUCCGAUUCGCGAUGAGAUGAAGCUUAAAAUUCGUCAACAUUAUUACGCCGCAGUUACUUACGUCGAUGAUCUUAUUGGGCAAUUGUUCGAGGAUGUUGAUUUUAGUAAUACAAUUGUAAUCUUAACUUCGGAUCAUGGAUGGUCCCUUGGUGAGCAUGCCGAGUGGUCAAAGUUCAGCAACUAUGAUGUGGCUCUGAAAGUUCCCUUGAUUGUCUACAGCCCCGACAUCAAGACGGUUCCAAACAACAAAAUCGACAAAGUGGUUGAACUGUUGGAUAUUUUCCCUACUUUGGUGGAUAUAGCUGGAUUACCACCGGUGACUAGUUGUAGAGAUCGUAUUAAGGCGGAAACAUGUGUUGAGGGAAAAUCUUUGCUGUCAUAUAUUACCGAUCCAACAUGUAACGAUCAUCCGGAGGAAGCCUUCAGCCAAUACCCCCGCCCAGGAACGUAUCCCUCGGUUCACCCAAACAGUGACAAGCCCAAGUUGUACCAGAUAACGAUAAUGGGUUACAGUAUCCGGACAAAACAAUAUCGUUAUACAGCUUGGAUUGGGUUUGAUCCAUCCAAAUUUACAAGGGAUUGGACCAAACUUUAUGGCGAAGAACUCUACGACCAUAGCAUUGACCCGAAUGAAAACAUGAAUCUUGCAGAGCGUCCACAGCUAUUGGAAAUCAAAGAACAUUUAAAUCUUCGCCUUCAAAUGAAGUUUUGUUAAUCAUAAGCCAUCAAUAAAGUACUCACCAUAAUAAUCUAGUGUAAAGAUACCAUCCGUCCUGAUUUUGUGGAGCGUCUUGAUUUAUUUUUCACUAGCUUACCCAAC